AUGGAUAGAGAGAAUACUGAGAAACUGUGUAGACGGUUCUCCAUUCUUAAUGAAUUUCAAAAUAAGCAGCCCGCUCAAUAUGCUUUUCAAAAACUCAAGAAUGCGUUCCCAGAUCUUCAAAUUGAAGAAGUCGAAUAUUGGUACAAACAAGGAACCCGUGGAUUCGAGGAGGUGUUUCGAAACACUUGUCUCGACAGUAGCUCACUGUUCCCAGAACCGAAAGAACAUCACAUACACAGGAGAAUGCCCGAAAAUUUUAAUUAUGUACUUCCACUAAAAAUUGAGAAAAUCAGUUUGUGUUUGGGUCGCAAUUUCGUAGAAAUCAAUGUGAGCAGAGAUGGAAGUUAUGAAACAAAGGAAUUUAUGGCUUUUUAUCAUGUAGACGCCAAGAAAUGCAAAAUUCAAAAACAAGGAGAACCUUUCCAGAAAUUAUCUGCAAAAAAUUACGUAGACGCGGCUUUGGACAUCUUUCAAGAAAUAUGUGAUGCACCAAAAUUGGAAGUUAAUGCUCUACGUGUUGAAGUAGCUGAACAGAAUCUGCCAGAGACAACAAGAUCCGCUUUCUUCGAGAAACUCCAAAAAAUGCUCUGGGCCAUGUAUCCAUUCAAUUUGGAACUGAGACAAUUGAAAAUGGUGGAAAUUGAAGAAAAGGAAAUUAUGUUGAUUUUGCCAUACAUAGAUCCAAACGAAGAAUUUGAACUGUCUAUCAUUGUGAAAAAACAUGAACGGAAGAUGGAUAUGAGAAGAAUUAUGAACACUGUUCAUUGGGGAAACAAAUCUAGUCUAAAAACGAAAGGAGUUCUUAUAACGUGCCCAAUAACUCAUUUCUAUAAUUGUGCAAAAGUUGAUGCCACAGUUUUUGCUUUAACACCACAGGAAAUUACAGAUUAUGUCAAGAAGUUGCUCUACAUGGAGACUACUAUAACCUCCAUCAGUCAAGACUGGAAAUCCAAAAUCAAGUUUGAAGGGGACACAGCUCUACACAUUUUGGAAUCGAACAAGUUUUGCCAACGACUUAAUUCAAAUACAUACAGAUGCAUGGCAAAUGACCGAUGUGUUUUUGUUACAUUCUGCCACCAGGGCGUCAAAAUUGCAUCACGGCGCUAAUAAUUCUCAUACAGCGCUUUAUGGGACUCAGUUUCUAUCAACAUUUUUCCAGACUUUAAUUCACCUUCUCUAACUUUUAAAUUAUGCGAUUAUUUCGUAUUUUUGAAGCAUUUUUUGGUUGUUUUGCUCUUUUGAAUUAUUUGAAAUUUAGUCUUGCUCAUUUUCAACUGCAAAACCAAUAGUCUCUAUGCUCUUCAAAAGUUUUGCACUGUGUUGCAAUAAUAUAUUGGAAAGCCAUUGUUUCUUUAUUUAUAGAAGGAGGAUUUUUGCAAAACUCAGAAACCAGAAUGUAGUUUAAUCUUAAUCGCAAAAAAAUUUAGUUAAAUGUUUUUAUUUUGAAUUCAAAAAUAAUGAAUAACACAGAUUCGCUGAAAACUCUUUUGAUUUUUUUAAACUAUAAAAUUUUUCAUAACUUUUUUAUUUUUGAAUGGCUUUACACUAAUUGAGAAUUUAUCAUUUUUCGUUUCUGGUUAUUUUCCAACCAUCUAGUCAAAAAGUAUUGGAAAACGCAGAAUUUUCCACAAAAAAAACUAUUGUGAUGUUUGGAAGCAGGGUGCCAGAAAACCUAUUAUCCUAAGCUUUUCUGAGUUUAUCAUAAAAUUUAAAACACCCGACUAAUAACUCAAAAAAAAAGCUGCGCGUGUGUGCUAUAAGACCCCUGAAAAACCGUAAAAAAUGCAAAAAAAAACAAAAAACUCACUAAUAUAUUUUGACAACAAACAUUUUAAUUUCAAACGAAAAAAUCCUCUCCCCGAUCUCAAUCUUAUCGACCUGAAUAAUUCGUACUCCUUCAAUUGAUUUUUUGAUCAAGCUACUCCAUUCACUACACUCCUUUCCUGAGAAGUCAAUUAUUGCAAAUUCGACUUUAAUUGUUUCACAAAUAUUUAUCCAACCACUCUUCAUCAACUCUACCCAAUCUGAAAGAAUUGUUGUUUGUCAUUCGAUUAUUUAUCUUUACAAAUUCCAAUAAAUCAGAGAGAAAAACA